CAGCGGUGGUUUGCGAAUGCCAGAGCUCUCGCUGGAUGCUGCGGCCUCUUCUUUCCCAAAACUGACACAACCCUCACUCCACAAAGAUCAUUUUCUCUCUUUUUUCCCUUCCUGCUCCCCAGCUGCUGUAGGGAAGCCCCCAAAGCUCCUCGGCAGAGCAGGGGAGCACCGUCACCUUCCUCCCUGUUGGCCCGCCAGCCUCCUCAGCGCGUGAUCCAUCGAGCGGAGGGGGAGAUGCCGGACGCCGCCGCCCACCUGCCCUUCUACUACGGCAGCAUCGCGCGCUCGGAGGCCGAGGAGCACCUGAAGCUGGGCGGGAUGGCGGACGGGCUGUUCCUGCUGCGGCAGUGCCUGCGCAGCCUGGGCGGCUACGUGCUCUCCAUGGUGUGCGACCUGCAGUUCUACCACUACCCCAUCGAGCGCCAGCUCAACGGCACCUACGCCAUCCUGGGGGGCAAGGCGCACUGCGGCCCCGAGGAGCUCUGCGAGUUCUACUCCAAGGACGCUGACGGGCUCUGCUGCCCCCUGCGCAAGCCCUGCAACCGCCCCAGCGGCGUGGAGCCCCAGCCCGGUGUCUUCGACAGCAUGAGGGACAACAUGGUGCGGGAAUACGUGCGGCAGACCUGGAAACUGGAGGGGGAUGCCCUGGAACAGGCCAUCAUCAGCCAGGCUCCCCAGGUGGAGAAGCUGGUGGCCACCACAGCCCACGAGAGGAUGCCCUGGUACCACGGCAACAUCAGCAGGGAAGAGGCGGAACGGAGGCUGUACUCAGGGGCACAGCCUGAUGGGAAAUUCCUGCUGAGAGAGAAGAAGGAGAACCGUGCCUAUGCCCUGUCCCUCGUCUAUGGCAAGACUGUGUAUCACUACCGGGUGGACCACGAUAAAUCUGGCAAAUACUCCAUUCCUGAGGGCACCAAAUUUGACACACUCUGGCAGUUGGUGGAGUACUUAAAGCUCAAACCAGACGGGCUGAUUUUCUACCUGAGGGAAGCCUGCCCCAACCCCAACAUGCCAGCCUCUGCAGCACCAGUUCCACCCACCCACCCCUCCGUGAGCAGAAACCUGGGCCCUCUCAAUGCAGAUGGAUACACCCCAGACCCUGUUGGGGCAGGAAAAUCCCGGCUGCUGCCCAUGGACACCAGUGUCUACGAGAGCCCCUACAGCGACCCCGAGGAGCUGAAGGACAAGAAGCUGUUCCUGAAGAGGGACCACCUGAUGAUUGAUGAGGUGGAGCUGGGUGCAGGAAACUUUGGCUGCGUCAAGAAGGGAGUUUACAAAAUGAGGAAGAAGCAGAUUGAUGUGGCCAUCAAGGUGCUGAAGAGCAAUAACGAGAAGACGGUGAAGGAUGAGAUGAUGAAGGAAGCUCAGAUCAUGCACCAACUGGACAAUCCCUACAUUGUGAGAAUGAUUGGGGUGUGCGAGGCUGAGUCACUGAUGCUCGUGAUGGAGAUGGCUUCUGGAGGGCCCCUCAACAGGUUCUUGGCUUCCAAGAAGGACGAGAUUACAACGAGCAACAUCGUGGAGCUGAUGCACCAGGUGUCCAUGGGCAUGAAGUACCUGGAGGAGAAGAACUUUGUCCACAGGGACCUGGCAGCCAGGAACGUCCUGCUGGUCAACCAGCACUAUGCCAAGAUCAGUGACUUUGGGCUCUCCAAGGCUCUGGGAGCUGAUGACAGCUACUACAAGGCCAGGACAGCAGGGAAGUGGCCCUUGAAGUGGUACGCCCCCGAGUGCAUCCUCUUCCACAAGUUCUCCAGCAAGAGCGACGUCUGGAGCUACGGUGUGACCAUGUGGGAGGCCUUCAGCUUUGGGCAGAAACCCUACAAGAAAAUGAAGGGCCCUGAGGUGAUCAGCUUCAUAGAGCAGGGCAAGCGCAUGGACUGUCCCCAGGAGUGCCCAGCAGAGAUGUACUCCCUGAUGCAGCAGUGCUGGACAUACAGAUGGGAAGAACGUCCAGGGUUUGUGGCUGUGGAGAACACCAUCCGCUCCUACUACUACAGCAUUGCUGCCAAGCCCGAAAAUGGGCCAGACACAGGGAACAGGGCCAAAGCAGCUCUGCCCUGAGACUUCUCCUCUGCUCCUCCACCUGCCCUGUAUGGACCUGGAAAGGCUCUUGGUGAAGUUUUGCUUUUAUCUCUCAAACGCUCCUCAGCAGCUGCGGAACUGAGGAUGAGGAGGGACAGACGGGGACACCCAGCCGUGCCCCCCAGCUCCUCCAUCCUGACCCAGCAGCACAGACUGUCAAAGCUCCUUCCCACCCAAUUCCAAAGCUGUCCCAGGACCCUAGAGCUUUGUGCCUCCCAGGCUCCCUGAGGAUGAACUGUGUUGGCUUCAGAAAAUCUGGAUUUUUCCAGAUUCUUUAACAAACAAUGCUUUCCCAGGAAACCACUGUGAAAAACGCCAAUCGCUUGUUUUUAAAAUUUUAAAAAAGUUUAAUAGUAAUAAAAUGGUUAUAAAAAUAGUAAUACAAUUAGAGUAAUAAUAAUUUGGACAGUUUGAAUUAGGACAAUAUGAGACAACAAAUACAAAGAGUUACGGAUGUCCAGGUACCUUUUUCUGGGCAGCACAAGCCAGAAAAAGGACACAGUUAACAGAGGAUUAACCCUUAAAAACAACAGCCUGUUGCAUAUUCAUACACCUCAUACAUGAUGCAUAAAUUCCAUUCAAACACAGGAUUCUGUCUGGUCAGUGUCAGCUUCUUCCUCUGAAUCCUAACAGUGCCUUCGAGAUGGGAAGAAGUUCAUUUCUUCUGAUAAUGCAGCAAUAAAUUCUCUUUUUCUGAAAGAUUCAGGUGUCCUGUGGCUGCCAUCUCGAUGCGAGUCCUUUCUUUAAAAAAGUAUCCUACAUAGCAUCGUUUCUAUUUUAACA